AAAAAAACGACUGGUUCAAACUUCAAAAGAACGACUCAUUUGUGAAGCAAGUUACGUUACUUUAAAAGUGAAGUGCGUUGUUGGCGGGUGUCGUUUUGGUUUCUAGCUGAUCCACCACACAGCAGUGGAGUUGGGUGGCUUUUAGGACGCGAGGGAGGGGAUUUUCACGCUGCACUGCUAAAACGUGAACGUGCUGAAAGCGAAAGCGGCAGAUGAAGCGUUCGGGCGUCAUGCGGUAGCGUUGCGUUAACAUUCAAACACACAGAUCAUGGAUACCCGCGCGUUUAGAGCGAUGUUACUAGCGAUAUCCGAUAAACUCACUGAGGAUAAUGUGGUGAGUUUAAAGUUUUUGUGCACAGACAUCGGGAAGAAAAAGCUUGAGAAAAUCAACAAGGGUUUUGAUCUUUUCGAGUGCUUGAUCGAAAGAGCUCAAAUCGGGCCUGAUAACACGGACCUUUUGCGAAAACUUCUGAAAGACAUCGGUCAGACUGUUCUUAUUAAAAUAAUAGAGGAUUAUGAGAGACAAGCGGCUUGCAGACCCGAUGAUGGAUUGGAUGCGAAAGAGAGAGAAAAAAUAAACAGUGCAACGGAUGUAAUUGUUGAACAUCUGGGUAAAAAGUGGCUUCAAGUUGGAAGAAAACUUGGACUUCAAGACGCUCAGCUUGAAGGCAUCCAGGAGAAACACAGCCGUAACCUGGAGGAGCAGGUGAGGGAGCUCAUCAGACAGUGGAUUAGGAACAAGAAAGAAAACGCCAGAGUGGAGGAUCUCAUCAAAGCUCUGCGAGACUGCAAACAAAACCUCACCGCUGAUCUCGUGGAGAAAAAACUCAGAGAGAGCGGUAUACCUUGAACAUCACCACACCUCCUCCAUUUUUGUCUGUUUUUGGAAGCUGUUGUAUUACAAAAGGAAAGAGCUUUGGGAUUAAUAAUGUGAAUUUCCUUUUAAAGUGCAAAUGAACUGAAUUGUCUAUUGCUGAUUGUUUACAGAUCUUGAAUGAAUUUUUGGUGAACAUUUAAUUGAAAACCAUUAGAUAAUAUAUUUUUAAAAUGAUUAUAUUCCAGAAAAUGAAAUAUUGAAUGAGAAUUUUGCAAUUUUUACAGAACAUACUCCUCAUAUCACACUGUUCUUGUAUUUACUGAUUUUGUGAAAAGAAUCUAGUCACGUGACACAAAUGAAUAAAGGGACUCUUAUUAUGUA